GGCAGGUCUCUCAAUCCACUUCGUGGCCUCUCUACGAUCCACCUUGCCCAUCCUUCAAUGCUCACUCUUACCCGUCCCUAAUUCCAAAACACUCUUAUCAAUCCAACUCAGUGAGACUCCAUUUGGUUGCGGCGGCAUCAGGAAAGUCCUUCUCAGCUGGGAGCUUGCAGAACUAAUUCCAUAGAGUAGAGAUAGGGCAAAAUGACGGCUUCCAUACUAGCCCUCACUUCCUCCCUCUCUUCUCUCUCUUUUUCAUCCAAUGUUGCACAGAAACCUACCACUGUUUCAUUUCUCCGUUCCAGAUCAGCCUCUGUUGCAAACAUAUGUGGAACUCCUAGCCGUCUGCCUCGGCUUGUUGUCUCUGCCACCGUAGCUUCUCCAGAGGUGGAGACAGUGAACCUGAAGAAAUAUGUGAAAUCGAGGCUUCCUGGUGGGUUUGCAGCUCAGACAAUCAUUGGUACUGGUCGGCGAAAAUGUGCAAUUGCUCGUGUUGUACUCCAAGAGGGCACUGGCAAAGUUGUAAUCAACUAUCGUGAUGCCAAGGAAUAUCUUCAAGGCAAUCCAUUGUGGUUACAAUAUGUCAAAGUUCCAUUGGUUACUUUGGGAUAUGAAAGUAACUAUGAUGUGUUUGUCAAGGCUCAUGGUGGCGGCCUUUCUGGUCAGGCUCAAGCUAUAUCGCUUGGUAUUGCUCGAGCAUUGCUUAAGGUAAGUGAGGACCACAGAAGACCUCUGAGAAAGGAAGGUCUGUUAACCAGGGACUCCAGAGUUGUUGAGAGGAAGAAACCUGGUUUGAAGAAAGCUCGCAAAGCCCCCCAGUUUUCAAAGCGUUGAUUUGGUGGUUUAUUUAAUUUUCGCCUUGUUGUUUGUUAUUGCUUCUCCAUUGACUAGAGAUCUUGACUAUGAUUGUAAAUUCAGUUGAAAUUCAUAUGUUUUGGCUCCUGAAGUUCUAGACU